GCGCGCGUUGGGCUCAGUUCAAAUCGGUCCGUUCACAGUGCAUCGCGCGCGUCACGCAUUUAGAUAUUCUAAGUACGUUACAAGAUGUCCCCUCUCAGGUUAUGCGGUGUCCGGCUCCACGCCGUCGGGGUGUUGGCUGUGUUGAUGUACAUCCUAGACACAUCUUUGGCUCAAGACGAGCAAGGCUUCGUACAAAACGAAGACUAUCCGUCCGGUGUGUACAACGAGGUGCCCAAAAACUUGCUUUUCACGUGCGACGACAAGCUGCCCGGGUACUACGCGGAUCCGCAAACCAAUUGUCAGGUAUGGCACUGGUGCGUGCCAAGCAUCGGUGGCAAUCUGCAGUACUCGUUCGUAUGCGCGCCUGGCACCGUGUUCAACCAGCGGUUAAGGGUGUGCGACUGGGAUUACAAGACGGAUUGCCCGAACUCGCAGAGUUACUACGGUAUCAACGAGGAUCUAUACAAGGACGAAACUGGGAACUACAUUAACGGGAAAAAGUAGAUAAAUAUUUUAUAAGGGCUUCCGCUAGGUGGCGCGGGUGCACAGAGCGGGCCGCGCCGUUAGCGUUGCUCAUACUAUUUUUCGUUAAGGGCUUGUACACAAAUCGCGCGAGGUUCGAUAGAGGGGGUGAGAGUCACGAAAAAAUCACGACAGAUCACGUUGGGGAAGAGAGGUAUAAGGAGACCUCACGUGUAUUUAUCUACAGUGAACGAAAAUAAGAAAAAAUACCUACCACAUGUGUAGAUACUUUUUCUCGGUUUCGUUAAACAUAAAUCUUCACUCCGCACUUCAAAAUAGCGAGUCUAGUUUACGAAAUUUAGGAGCGCGGAGGCUUUGACCGGUCAGAUAGAAAAAUUUCAAAAAAAUACACUUGAGGUUAUGUGGGGCAGGGGGCAGCCAAAAACCUCACGAAAUAUCACCAAGAGGGAGGGGGGGUCAAAAAGUAGCCGAAAACACCUUGCGUGAUUUGUGCACAGCCCCUAACCCGCUCAGCCGCUCCGUGCAACCGCGCUAGCUAGCGGACGACCUAUAAACUAAUCUCUCUUCAUUAUUUAGGCUAUUUCCAAUUUUUCUGUACAAAAUAUAUUUCUUUCUCAAUUAAUUCUUUUGACAUUAAAAUGUUAGGAUUUUUAUUGUAUCAAAAGUUAUUUUGCAUUAACUUCUUACAUUAUGCGUCACAGCCGUCACAGGUAAAACAAUUUGGAACUGUGUUUUGCCCGGGUCGAACGCACUAAUGAUUUAAUGUUACUUGAAAUGUAAAAUAAUCUUCUGUACUUAUACCUAUACCUACACUGUAUCUACAUAGUCUCUUCCGUAGCCUGAUUUUUGAUCCGUUAAAAUAUCGAAACCACUUAACUUUUCUCGUUAAAUGUAUACCUACUUUAACGUAGCCAUUAAUUACUUUAUACAGGAUAACAGAUUUAAAAUUAAUAAUAAUUACAAUCAUUCUGAUACUAUUUUGAUCUCACUUGAUCUUUCAUUUGAAAUAGAUCUACGUAUGCCAUCAACUGUAUAUGUAAAUGUCAUAAAAAUCAUAAUUUGACAGUAUUUGUAUGUUAGUGGGUAAUCUUUCUCAAUGAGAUUACAGUUUAAAAAUAUAUCAUGUUACAAAAAAUAAAUUAAUUGUACAAAAAAUGUAUGAUGUUACCUAAUUUAAGAGCUACUUUAAUAUAAACUAGUUUUUCACCGUAGUUACCAUGAAUAUAUCGAAUUUAUACAAAUAUAAUAACAAUUUAUUUUCACUUUUUUAAAGCAAAUAAUUAGUUGUAGAUGUAUUAGGUAAUAAUUAGUGAUUUUUAACCUAAAGGACCAUUUUAUACCAAUAAUUUUAAAAUAUAUAAUUUCCAGAAAAGUGUUCUAUAUCUAUAAAAAUAAAAUCUAACAAACAUGAGAAAAUUUAUGCAUAGUCCCCUUAUAGUCAUAUUAUUAUGUAUUGCUAAUAUUUUAGCUUAAUAACAAGUUAGGUACAAAUAACUAUUUAGUUUCAGAUUAUGAAUUAAAAUAUACAUUAAAAUAUUAUAUACGUAUAUUUCUGCAUGCUUUUACUACUUUCAAACACUAUUUUAUCUAACAUCCUUUAAUUCAACUUACUAUCUAUUGAUUUAUCUUUAAACACUUCGAUCUAAUCUUAUAUUAAUUCAAGUUAAUAUCUAGAACUUGAUCUAAUAAUUUGCUUUUAAUUAAAUCUAACAUCAAACUAAUUUUUAUCAAGGAUAUAUGUCUGCGAGCGAUACUACAAAUUUUUAUAUGUAUUAAAAGAAAAAUGGAAAAAAAGAUCACUGGUGCCGAUUUUUGAAUCUCGAUCCUUCGAUUUCGUCACUCGGAAAACGGUGAAAUGCUAAUUUUUGAAAUACGAGCGACAGAAAUUGGGAAUCUAGUGGUAUUGACCACUCGUUUUCUAUUCUAUUAGUAGAAUUUAAAUGUUUAGUAGUGGAGAUAUUAUUGAACGAAAUACAAGAAAUCGAGCGAUCGAAUUUCAAAAAUCGGCCCCCUGUUCGGGUAAUACUCGAACUUACUGGACCUUGCGACUUUUCGAAACACCGAUCGCUCUUAACCAUCUGCUGGUCUACCCAAGGUGACAAUCGCUAUCGCUACGUCAACGAAACGCUGUGUGUCUCUCUCUAUCACUAUUCCAUAUUAGUGGGACAGUGACAGCUGCGUUUCGAUCGCUACGGAGCGUACGCGUUUGGCAUGUUGGCUUACGCGGCCCGAGCUGCCGAAGUAUACAAGCCAUUUGAGUUUUUCCAUUUUUCCUUUCAUAUUAAAAUCUAACAUUGUUGAUAACUUAUAGUAUGGCAAGCCCAUUUUGUAGAAAAAGUUAGCCAAUUCAAAAAAAUACAGGCACCUUUUGUCGCCAUCCCAUACAAAUUGCAAUUUCGUGUCUUUUUCUAUUAACAAAACUCAUUGAACUAUUAUUACUACGCACGGAGAACCAGUAUUUUGCGCCACGGGUUGUUGUUGUUUUGAUAACAAACCAUAGAAGCGGAGCGUGAAUCUCGCGAUCUAAACGCGUAAGCGCCAUGAAUAUUACGGCGCUUACGACGUUUUGGUCGCGUCAUACAGGUUGCUAUUGCGACAAUUUCAUUGUUUGGUAUGGCUUCUCAAUAGUAAUAAUAACUCAAUGACAAAAUUGAUUUGCCAGGGUAUUUAUUAUUUAUUUCGCUUUUAUAUAUUUACUAACAUAUUAACCGAUUUCAGGGGCAAUUCAUACAAUAACAACUAUGACAGACGGAGAUUCUCAGCAAGACGAAAACGACAUGACUAUAUGCUGCAAAACUUGAUGAGAAAGAGGCAUUAAUUGUUAAAUA